AUGCCGAGCUCAUUCGAGAAGACUCGCAAGGCUAUCGCCAAGAAGAAGGGGCCCAUCGAGGCGAUCCAUCAGUACUCGCGCGACUCCAAGAGGCUUCACAGAGCCCAGGCCAGAGACGACAAGCUGGGCAAGAUCGCGGCCGCCAGGAACAGGACCAACCAGCCAUACAUCGAGCGUGCAUCAUACUUUCACGAGGCUUUACGGCAGAACGAUGGCAAGCCUCUGCAGUUUGAUGUUGUCCAGGAGCUCAUCAAGGGCUUCGUGCAUCAAUAUGACGAGGAGCUCAACGAGAUGAAGAAGGCGCGCAGACCCGGAAGACCGGCCAGUGCCAAGGAGGACUUGCUCAGAGUCAAGAUCACCAACCUGGAGAAGGAGUUUCAAAACGGAUUUCUGACCCCGGAACUCACCGUCGAGGAGGAUGCACUCAAGUUCGAGAAGUGGGAAGGCUCUUGGGCAUUCCUCACAGGCAUCAAAUGGGUGAGGAUAUCCAGUGAGGGCAAGACUCAGCCCUUCAGCUUCCCUCCUCGGGGCAAUAGCUAG